AUGUGGAUAUUCAGUGCUGGUUUUCUGGUUACAAGGUCCUGCUUGCUGGUCCACUGGGCUCAAGUCGUUCAUUCGAGUUCACCCGCCAUGGCGAUCUUCCGCGCACUCCAUCCACUGGCGCUCCUCGCGUGUUUGAGCGCCGCGCGGGUCAUCGACUUGGAGAAGGACCUGGGCGCCAAACCAGAGGAUGCCAGCGAGGCCACUGAGCGCUUCAACGGGCAAAAGCUGAAUGAGUCCUUUGCACAGAUGCAGCCGGGUGAUCGACUGCUGAUCCCGGCCAAGCGCUUUCAUGUCAUGGGCGGCAUCCAGGCGAGGAAUUUGUCCGAUGUUGUGAUCCAGCUGGACGGCACGUUGGUCUUCUCGGAGCGCACCAAAGACUGGCCCCGGACGGCCACAGGUGGUGUCUUGGCCUGCAUGCGCUUCGAGAACCUCGUCAACGUGACCUUCACAUCGGCCGGCCGCGGGACCCUCGAUGGGCAAGGCGCUGCAUGGUGGGGCUUCAUCCGAUACUUGGUCCAUGAGGAGAACCGCCCGCGGCUAUGGGAGAUGUCACAGAUCAAGAAUGUCUUGGUGGAGCGCUUGUUCUUGAAGAACGCGCCCUACUGGACGACAUCUUUCGGUGGGGUGGAUGGCCUGGAGAUUCGGGAGUCGGACAUUUUGAACGAGAGGACCAAGCACAAGGGCCAUGAUGUCUACAACCUUGGAGCUUUGAACACAGAUGGCUGGGAUAUCUCAGGGACCAACGUGUGGGUACAUCACAGUAAGGUUUGGAAUCAAGAUGAUUGCUUCACAGUGAAGGGCACCUCCAGCAACAUGCUCUUCGAGAACAUCGAGGCCAGCGGACUGGGCCUGACGAUUGGCUCAGAGGGUGGCAACGACCAUGUGAGCAACAUCACCUUCCGGAACGUCUAUAUGGAUCGGACCUUCAAGGGCAUCUACAUGAAGUUUCGUGACGGCACGCCCGAGGGACAGCUGACCAUCAUCGAGAACAUUACCUAUGAGAAUAUCUACAUGAAGGAGCCGGAGCAAUGGGCCAUUUGGAUCGGCCCAGCACAACAAUCCGACUCCAGGGAGUUCUGGAAGGGCCACCCUUGCUCAUUGCUUUGGCCAGCGGUGCCGGGAGCUACUUGUUCUGCGGCCCAGAGGGGCCUCUACCGGAACAUCCUCAUUAAGAACGUCACCGUGGACAACCCCAAGAAUCAACCUGGCGUGAUCCUGGCCGACAAGGCCUACCCCAUGCAGAACCUCACCUUCGACGGGGUGAAGGUCAUCAAUUGGAAGGGGAACAAGAAGAAUCUUCAGUACAAGAUUUGUGAUGGGGUGGAUGCUACGGCGAAGGCCAUUGGCGGAACAGAUCCAGUGCCCUCGUGCUUUCCCCAAGCUGAGGCGGAAAGUCAGUUCGCCGAUCUGGAAGCGGAGGAGGUGGGAGGCAGCGGUGGAGAAGAGGAUGAGGGCAUCGAUGAGGAGCUCAUCGAUGACACUGGGGCGCCGAUGACAGAUGCCGGCCGUGCAAAGCUCCGAAAGAAGAUGAACCAAGAGUUGCAGGAGCUGAAGGAGGAUUUGGCAGCACGUGGCCCUUUGGCAGGUGCAGCGCGGCUCUUUAGUUCUCAACGGCUCGAUGAAAUGGAACAACGCUACCAGGAGAUGGAAGACCGUGCCAAGCGCGGGGAAGACAUCUCCCAGUUGCAGGUUCCCUUGGAGGCGGUGAAGCAGACCGUGACGGUGCCUGAAGACAAAGAUCCGAGGCUUUGGUGCUUGAAGACCUUCGGAAACGAGCAGGAGCUUUGCAUCAAGCUCAUGUGGAAGGCCUUCGAAGAACUCAAGUCCGGACAAACGGUGCCCGUCUACUCGGUCUUCCAUGUGCCGUAUGUCAAGGGCUACAUCUACCUGGAGGCACAUCGAGAGGCCGAUGUGCGCAGGUUCACGAAGGGCAUCAACGGCGUGUCCCAGUACACCGGGCUCUCCUUGGUGCCGCUGGAUCAGAUGGCCGGCGUCUUUUCGGCGGCCGUAGCGCAUGCGCAGAAGGUCAAGGUCAUUCAGCAAGGUGACUGGGUCAGGCUCAAGAGGGGCCCCUACCGCGGCGAUUUGGCACAGGUGGCGGAGAUCGAUGACGACUCUCACACCUUGAAGAUCAAACCCAGGAUGUCAGGAGGUCAAGUCGCCAAGAACAACAAGAAGAUCUUCCCGCCCAAGUGGUUUCACAAGGGGGAUGUGGAGGCAACUGGACAAGUCGUCGUGAAUGUCGAGCCGCGACGAACGAACCAGGGCUGGAAGCACUUCUAUGUCGUGGAUGGCGAGCUUUAUAGAGAUGGCUUUGUCUACAAGACCUUCAGGAGCAGUGCUUUCGUGUUCGGCAGUGAUGUGAGGCCCAACGAAUAUGAGCUGGCGGAUUGGAGAAAUGCUCCGCCCAUCUCUGAGCAGGUGCGACCACCUAGAGAUUUGCCACAGAGCAAAGAGGAAGAGGAUCGUGAACGAAUGCCUCCGCCUCCUCUCCCUGUGCGAAAAGACCGGGGCCCCAUACUGGAGGAUGGCGAACAGGUCAUCGUGCACAGUGGUGACCUGAAGAACCUCCGGGCCUCAGUCACCAAAGCCAUCUUCGGAUCGCCCACGGUGCUGAUCCGACCGCUGAACGUGGACGUCACGAGCGAGUUGUCCAUCGCGAACUCGCGGUUGUGCAAGUACUUCGAGAUUGGCGACUACGUCACCGUGAUGUCCGGCGACCAUGUGGGUGACGCUGGGCAUGUGGAGCAGGUGGAGCUGGGACCCUCUAAGACGUGGGGUUCCCAUGCCACCGCCCGCAUCCUGACCGCGGACUACAGCUCGUUCCGGGCCUCUUUGAAUGACCUGCGGCGGAGCCGGCAAAAGCCCGAGAGCCACCAAAAGGUGGGAGAAUUCCGUGUCGGACAAUUGGUGAUGGUCGCUGGUCAAGACACCCGUGCAAUCAUCGUCCGAUUGGAGGCCGGUGACCGUGCCAUGGUCCUGGGUCCAAAUGCGCGCAAGACAUAUGUAAGCCUAGCCGAGCUUCAGCCUGUGCAGCUGCCCAGAAGAUCAAUUUACAAACUUCAUAGCUGGUGCGAGGACAAGAAGCAACAUCGCUUGGUGCCGGGCUGCGUGGUGAAAGCUCCCCAGAGCUACAGCGGUGGCUUUCCAGUGACUAGCGAAGUGCUCUACAUCCACCAGGGUUGGGUCUUCUUGCGCGCCAUCGAGGGCCUCGUGGGCGAACGCGCCUACUUGGUCGCCCCGGGGGACAAAUGCGAAUACGUUUGGGACCCGGAUGACUUGCCCAAAGGCAAAGGACGAGGCAAGGGCGGGCAGAGAAUGAAGAUCAAAAUUCCCGAGAAGACGGAGGAGGAACUCUCGUCCAAGACGUUCUCCUUCGGCAUCAAGAUGGCCUCGCAACUGUCUUUCCUACGGCCCACCUGGUACAAGCAGAUCGGCCUCUCUGAGCGGCAGAGGGGCGGCCCCACUGGGGGCAUCUUGUCCCGGGGAAGUUCGGUGAAGAUCACCGGCGGCAACUACAAGGGCAUGCGGGGAGAGAUCCGCGAUUUGCUAGAGGAUCGCGUCCGGAUUUCCUUGUUGUCUGCACCGAAGCUCGUGGAAGUGUCGGUGAACGAUGUCCGUGAGGACGACUACACGAUGCAGAUCGAGAGCGAUCACCUGAGGGGGGCCACAUACAGAGCUGGGCCUCGCACACCGAGCGCCGCACCCAUGCCAGCGCCAAAGGUGAAGAAGAGCGCGGAGCAAGAAAUUGCAGAUGGCAUCGAUAAGGUCCCCAUGCCUACUGAUGAUCAGGCCUGGGACCCCUUGUGGUUGGAGCUGGGCUCCGGCGACACCUCUGCGCCCAUCACGCCCGCGCUGUCGAUCGUCUCCACCAGCCGCCGCCGGCGGAAGACGCGGCUUGAUGCCAACCUCAUGGCCGAGACCGAGGCCGUCGCUGCUGCCUGA